GAGCAGCAGAGGCUCUGCGAGGGGCUGCAACAACAGUUGCAGGAGCGCCCGCCUCCGGCGUUGGUGGCACCGAUGGUGGCCGGUGUUGACCCCGCCUCGCUCUUUAGCCUCGUGGACAGCCUGCGUGCCUCGCUCGGGGAGCUCGAGCAUCGCCUGGGCUAUAGCGGAGACACCGGCAGCCGUCACACCGCCCCCGCCGCCGGCGGCGGCGCGCCACGCGUAGCACGCCGCGCGAAGGCACCACCGACGCCUGAAGCGGGCGCGACGCGAGGCGGCGGAGGAGGCGGCAGCCCCCGCAGCCAUCAACCGCAGCCGCUCUCGCAAGGACCGGACGGCGCGGUGCGUUUGGUGUUGCCAGCGCCAGGCGCGGGGGCCCUGCGUGCGGCCACGGUGAUUUCCGGAGCGCCAAGCACAACCACGGAGCGCAGGAAGCGGGCGCGGCGGAGCACGGAGGGCACGGUGAAGCCGAAGCGACACGCAAGUGGGAUGGUCGCCGCAGCCGCAGCCGCCCAGGCAGCGUCGCUCUUUAAGAAUUUUACACCCGCCACCGAGAAGGAGAAGGGUUCGGUGGUGAAUUUUGGCAAUGAACCCAUCGCCGACUACUUGGGCCUGCUAGAAAAAACGGACGCGAGCAACGUGGACGUGCUUCGGCGGGAACUGAGGAAGUUUUGUGGCGGCAACGUGGAUGUUCUUGCCUCGUGCGCCGUUGAGCAUUUUCUUAGCAAGUCCGUGCUGACAGCCGGCGUCGUAACCCUGUGGAAGCACACGGAGAGGGUGAUGCACAUUGGCCAGGAUGUUUAUCCUGUCUUUAUGCAGCAGGCCGUGCGGAAGCUGGUGCACCUGCUGAGCCCUGACUGUGCCGCGGAGAUUGACCACACGCCGCAGCUGCGGUGCCUGGCACUCGUUGUGCGGGCGGCGUGUGCCAUCCAGCUGCGAGACACGGUGCAGGGCGCGGAGGUGUCGCUCUUUGUCGCCUUCUACGAGUGCACUGUGAGCGCGCUACGCAGCUGGCGCCUGGGGGGGUCGCCGCACGCACAGCACCACGUACUCGGUCCGUGGAUGGUUGUGGUGCAGCACCUUUGCGGGUUUGUGGUGGACUUUCAUGAGGUGGUCCGCUACUACGCCAACUCCGAGCGGGUGCUGGGCGCCCUCAGCCUCCCCGCCUCUCUCACGCGCUACACCGCGCAGGCAGUGAUGGCCGCGUGCUACUUCACCUCCUCGCCACAGUCGCCCGCGGUAACGCCGGGCGCCGACGUAACGGCAGACACGCAGGCGUGGCUGCACUUCUGCGACGCCAUGGACUGGAGCCACAGUGAGCUGCCGUUGGACCUGAUAGGCUCGGCCGCAGCGAGAAUUCUUGCCCGUUGCGAAGAUGCACUUGGCCGCGGCGAGGCGCUGCUCUCCCUGCGGCUGCUGGUGCUGCAGAAUGGGCUUGGCUUCCUGCAGGGGCUUACGGAGGAGCUGCGGGCUUCGAGGGGUGCAGUGGACAUUGACGCCGCGUUUGCGGAGCUGUUCAGCCUCGCGGUAAUCGACCUGCAGCUGGAGGAUCCCCGCGACGAGCAGUGGGGCCGCGCCAUGGCGUUUUUUGCCGACUACCUGAGUGCCAUCUCCGUGGCGCAGGCAAAGUCCACGGCGGAGCUCCUCGCCGCCUGCAAGGAGACACACCUGCUGGUGCUGCGGGCCAUGCUUCAGCUGUGCCACGGGACUGUUAACAUUACCGAGGCGGGUGCUGAGCACCUGACGAACGCGCUGCAGUGGGCAAAGACGCUUCACGUGGGGCUCACGCGCUCUGCCCGGGAAAGCAAGGCCGCCGUGGCACAGAUGCACCCCUUUCAGAGCACACAGCUGGGAAAACAGUUGCGCCACCUUUGCUCCCAGGAACUGUAG